UUUAUAAAAAAUUCAAACGUGCUGAAACUUUUGGCCAUGUUAUAUCUGUAAAAAUCAUGUUACGUAGCAUCUUCAGCUUAAUACAGAAUAUAAUCGAUUCAGACAGAGAGUAUUCUAACAAGAAAUCAAAGACAGUUAUAUAUCUCGUCUCAACCCCCGACAAUAACCUAAAUAUGGACCUAGAAAUCGACGGUCAGCAGAGGGAAAACAUAAAAACCAUAAAAGAACAAGUUGAAGAUGGAUCGAAACACUUUAAGGUUGCUACGGAACAUGGCGAUGUGGUGACUUGUGAACAUCCUGAAAAAAAAAUUGCAUCUGUUGGACGGGAAGACGAAAAACUCAUCGAAGAGUACAAGGAGGCAGUGGAGAGAUUCGAGAGAACCACCUUUACAAAUGACGAGGAAAUUGUGGGUAGAGGAGAAGCAGUGGACAGAGAUUUGAAAAAAUCUGAAAAAUCGGAAGUUGGCAUUCACGACUUGUGGGACCAUAUUCCGUUGAAGCAAGUUAAACCAUAUCAAAAAGAAAGAGAUCAAAUGCAGGCGUUGAUGGAACAAAUAAAAAAAAUGAAAAUGGGUAUGGAACGACUUCAGGAAAUUGCCCAACAGUUUAAUUGCUCCAACCAGUUCAAGCAGGAUGUGGAAUUUUUAACAAAAAACGUUGGUCCCGCUCUAGAAAAAUCUGAAGUGAAAGAUAAACACUUGGCACCAAAAUUGUAA